AUGCUGCGAGCUAACAAUGACGAUUCAGAUGCCUCAUCGUGGACGUGUUGUCAUCACAAUUUUAAUUGUUUCUGGACAUACGGUAAUUUAGAUCAAGAUGGUCUUUUAAAAAGAUUUGAUGGAGUUGUCUACCUUACAUCACGAGAUGAUGGCAGAGGAAAAGCUGCAGUAGCAAAACUAAACGAGUUAGGUCUGAAACCUGAAUACCACCAACUUGAUGUCACCGAUAAAGAAAGCAUUGUCAGGUUCAGAGAUCACAUCAAAGAAAAGUACGGGGGUAUAGAUAUACUAGUAAAUAAUGCAGCUGUGGCAAAUACUAGUGAACUAUAUUCUUACUCUUAUGAAGAAGCUAAAAAUACUAUUGAUAUCAAUUACUACAGCAUUCUAACUAUAGAGGAGUUGUUGUUUCCUUUGGUAAGAGACAAUGGACGUAUUCUGAACAUUUCUAGUAAUUGCGGUCAUUUAAGCAACAUAAGAAAUGAGAAUUGGAUAAAGAGACUAUCGAAUAAAAAUUUGACUGAAAAUGAUAUUAAUGAAUUCGUAAAUUGGUACUUAGAAGGAAUAAAAAACGGAACCUUCGACUUGAAUGAAUUAGCUGAUGCGGGUUCGAUAGCUCCGUACAGAAUAGCAAAGGUAGCUUUGAGUGCUAAAACUAUAUUACAACAAAAAGAAUUGGAGUCUAGGAAUAUUUCUGUAAACUCAAUGCAUCCAGGGUUGGUAAGAACAGACAUGACUCUGGGAAUUGGUUUCUAUAAUACAGAUCAAGCUGCAGAAACCCCUAUUUACUUAUUAUUAGAUGCGCCUCAGAGUCUAAAAGGAGCAUAUGUGUGGUAUGACCGAAAAGUGUUAGAUUGGUAUGAUUACAAAGCAGAUUAUUACUUCAAGAGUGUCAAUUUGAUAACCGAGAAAUAG